UCUGGGGGGAGUUAGUCAUCCUGCACUUGUGUAAUUCCAGUUUUCAGUUUUCCAGCGUGGCAACGCUGCUAGUGUUGGACGGGUGAAUGGCCUUUCUUUAAGCGAAGAGAAGACUUGUUUCCUCGCAAAAAUACGCACGGCUUUAACUCUCACGGAAACACUUUAGGAGCCCAUAUCGGCAAGAAUCAUUAUUCGUCGACGGCGACGGAAACAGUUUGAGACGGAUCGGGUGACACAACUCGGGUGCUUUGGUCCUCAAAUGGACACGGGAAUUGUACCUGAAAAGAAAAGGGUGAGCUCGGAGCGAAGGAAGGAGAAGUCAAGGGAUGCGGCGCGAUGUCGUCGCGGGAAGGAGUCCGAAGUGUUUUACGAGCUCGCCGAGCAGCUGCCGUUGCCUCACAGCGUCAGCGCCGGCCUCGACAAGGCCUCUGUCAUGAGGCUCACCAUCAGCUACCUGCGCAUGAGGAAACUCCUCGACACUGUUGAUCCGAAUCCAGAGGAGGAGAGCGAGUUGGACACACAGCUGAAUGGCUCCUACUUAAAAGCUCUGGAGGGCUUUUUAAUGGUGCUGUCAGAAGACGGCGAUAUGAUUUAUCUCUCCGAGAAUGUUAACAAGUGCCUCGGCCUGGCACAGUUUGACCUGACUGGGCACAGCGUGUUUGAUUUCACACACCCCUGUGACCAGGACGAGCUGAGGGAAAUGCUGGUCCACAGAACAGGCUCCAAAAAGACAAAGGAACCAAACACAGAGCGAAGCUUCUUCCUUCGAAUGAAGUGCACGCUCACCAGCCGGGGUCGCACGGUCAAUGUCAAGUCUGCCACUUGGAAGGUGCUCCACUGCUCUGGACAAGUGCGUUCACACAGCGGCCUCACCGAUCAGACUGCCAAGGACCACAAGGAACCACCGCUUCCCUAUUUGGUGCUGAUCUGUGACCCUAUUCCACACCCUUCCAACAUUGAGGUCCCUCUGGAUGCCAAGACGUUUCUCAGCCGCCACACAAUGGAUAUGAAGUUCACAUAUUGUGAUGAGAGAAUCACAGAGCUUAUGGGAUAUGAUCCAGAAGACUUGUUAGAUCGUUCUGUGUACGACUACUAUCACGCACUGGACUCGGACCACCUCACUAAAACGCAUCACAACUUGUUUGCAAAGGGCCAGGUCAGCACGGGCCAAUACCGGAUGCUGGCCAAGAGAGGAGGUUUUGUGUGGGUGGAGACACAAGCAACUGUCAUCUACAAUAACAAGAACUCGCAACCACAAUGUGUGGUCUGUGUCAACUUCGUCCUCAGUGGGGUCCAGGAGGAGAAACUGAUCUUGUCUCUGGAGCAGACGGAAGACGUUAAGCCUGUGAAGGAGGAAAAGAAAGACGAAGAAAAAGUUGUGCAGAGCUGCCCACUAGAGAACUCCCCAACUCUGCCGAAGAAGGAGACUGGGGCAGAGAAGGCCCCAGAGCUGGAUGUGAUCAAGUUGUUUACACAAACACUUGAGCCAAAGCCAGCGACCAGUCUGUACGAGCAGCUGAAGGGAGAACCGGAGGCCCUGACUCUGUUGGCCCCAGCAGCCGGAGGCGCCAUCAUCUCCUUGGACUUCAGUUGCCCCGAUUCCGACAUCCAGCUGCUGAAAGACGUACCUCUCUACAAUGACGUGAUGCUUCCUGCCACCGGCGAAAAGCUGCUACUGCCUCUUUCUCCUCUGCCACCCAGCGAGCCCCUCGGUGUCGACGUCACUGAGAAAAGUCCCAACUAUGCCGGACCUGUGUCCACGUCGACGGCCAGUAACAGCACAGUAGAGGUGCCUCCUCCUCCAGACUUUAGCUUAACCAUGGACUCGGACAUCUCAGACUUUAAAUUGGACUUGGUGGAGAAGCUGUUUGCCAUUGACACACAACCCAAGACCCCCCUUGCUACACAGGCAAUGGAAGACUUGGACCUGGAGAUGCUGGCUCCCUACAUCCCCAUGGAUGAUGACUUCCAGCUGCGUAGUGUGAGCCCCGAACAGCCUCUGUCUUGUGGACCUGUGGAGUCCCUGGAGAGCUCGCCUGUCCACGUCACGCAGGAUCUCCAUAACUAUCUCGGCCUGCCCUUGAGCACGCCAGGCAGUGGCGCCGCGUCCCCGGCACCACCUGACCCAAUCGCUGUCCACCCCUCUUUCCCCAGCCCCAUUAUGAGAACGCCACAGUUGGACAAAGAGGUGUCCCUCCGCACUCUGGCAGCUCAAAAUGCACAGCGCAAAAGAAAACUGGACGACAUACGAGAGCUGGUUGGCCAGGGAACUUUGCCUAAGGAAAAUAUGAAAGAAGGAAAGAAACUGAAGGCAGAGUUGGGCACAACCCAAACUAUAUUUCUUCUGCCUUCAGAUUUGGCGAGUUGCCUGUUAGGCAGCACAUCAGAGGCCACCAGGUCCCUCUUCAACUUGCCGCAGCUCACGCGCUACGACUGCGAAGUCAACGCUCCCUUACAGGGUCGCCAGUAUCUGCUGCAGGGGGAGGAGCUUCUGCGCGCCUUGGACCAUGUCAACUGAGUCCGUGGUUGGACUCUAUUAGAGACUGCAGUCUUUCCCAUUUUCCUUCUAACACCCUCCAGUCCUCUAAUUUAUGUAUCCGAAUACGUCCAACUCGAGAUUGGCUGCUGUUUGUGCACACUAUGUGAAGUCCAUAGCAUUCCACUGUGACAAACACUAUAGCAGCAAUUUGGUCGCUAUAAGGGGUUCCGGCAUCGCAAGGUUUCACUUGAUUCUUUUGGUUUCCAGUUCGCUCCUCCCGGGAGUCUCUCAACAGCGCACACAACGCCUCUCAGAUGACCUUUUCCAGCAGGUCAUCAAGAACCUGGCGCAACUGCCAGCUGUGUAUUGUAAGCUUCAGUCGCACAAUUUAUAUUUUCUUAAAAAGCAAACUAUUACCAGCAAUAUAUAUUAAGCCUUUUUGAAACUAGUUUCAAUGGGAUUUGAAAAUAUCCUUUUUUUUUUUGUUCCAAUAAUUGUAUGUCUUAACAUCUGUAGUCCACAAAUUGGAUGUUUAUUGUUUAAACCUACAUUGGCUAGAAUGUUGGCUUCAUUUAUUCACGGUCUUGUCUUUUUAGUCUUUGAAUAUAUUUAAUUGUGUAGCAGUCCCGUACAUAAGUCACUUUAUUACUUUGCUGUAUGUGUCCUAUCGUGUGUUCUGUAUACCAGCAAAAUUCACUUGGUAUGGCUUCUCACAAUCAGAAUCGUCAAAAUGAAAUGUGGAUCUUGGUUGGCUUUGCUUCACAUUACGUUUUCUCCAUCAAACAUGACCCGGGUGUUUUAUGUUCUAAUAAUUUUAAUGUCUGACAAUUAAAACAGAAAUAAGGGGCAUCUGAA